AUUACCUAGUACAAGCCAUGCGUUUCUCAUUCCUCCUCGCUGUUGUCGCUGCUCUGACAACAUCUAUCUCUGUCAGUGCUGACACUUCUGAGUCGACUUCCUACUGGAAUUGCCUGCCUAAAGACUGGGUUUGUAACCACGACGGCAACGGAAGGGACUGCUGCUGGGGUCUUACUUGUAAGCCGGAUCUUCUCUUAGAAACGGAAUUACACGCCACGUCCUGCCAGUAAGCCUCUCCUCAUGAGCUUGGUAGACUGAGUAUGUCGCGACAGUCGUUGCAGAGUUGAUCAAUAUGCUUCCUUCGUGACCGUACAAAUAUCCCUGCUGCCUUCACCAGAUUCUUGAAUAACAUUAGCAUGAAUUCUGU